UUAUUAGCAAGAAAUGAAAUGUCAUUGCAUUUUCUUAACUAGUAAUUUCAAUAUUUGGUAAUUCAUGAAGAUCAGUUAUUUUUCCAUCCCAUAAGAAUGGCAACAAAGACCCAUCAUUGUGCAAAGUGUCAACAAAGGGCCACCGUUUAUGACGUUGGAGGCUCCAAAUGUGACUCUUGUUUUCAACAGGCUAUUAUACACAACUUUAAAACAACAAUAUCACGCAAAGGAUUGGCCCAGUUUGGUGAUAAUGUAGGAGUAGCAGCGUCAGGAGGAUAUUCUUCUCAAGCUCUCAUUGACCUAUUGGGUAGAAGCUUAUCAGAAAGGGAAGACGGAAAAACUUCUAGAAUGAAGAUGCAAGUCACUAUCUUUCAUAUAGAUUGCGAAUCUCCUUUUCUUAGUUCCAACGCAGGUAUAGAGGUGAUUCAACCUUUGGCAGCAAAGUAUUCCUUUCGUGUCUGUACAGCAAAGGCUAGUCACAGUUGUCAACAGUUGUGGAAACAAGUUGGUGAAUGUCUUGCCUGGAAAGAUGUGAAAGAUAUUGGUGACCUUGAAGAGCUUUCUAGAAUAGUCGUAUAUCGAAUGGUCGCGUUCCUUGCUAAAUCUCAAGGCUGCAAGAUUGUGUUCGAUGGACUAAAUGCUAGCUCUAUCUGUAGAAAUAUUUUGACCAGUAUUUCUUCGGGUAAUGGUUUUGCCAUUCCAUUCGAAGUAUCUCCAGCAGAUAUGAGCAGAAGAUUCUUUGAUAUCUCUAUUCAUCAUCCCCAGCAUGAUAUAACCGAUAGACAACUCAUACGAUACGUGUGGAUGAGACAGAUUGGCUUUAUUGCCCCUAAUUUAACACUUUUAGGACCAACUUCUUCGGUAGAUAGUUUAACCGUGUCCUUUUUAAAGGAUUUGGAAGAACAGCAUCGCUCAACCAUUCCAAAUAUCCUAAAAACUUCCUCUAGAAUUGUAGUACCUUUGCAAUUCUCCCAUUGUUCCUUGUGUAGAGUUCCAGUAGGAAGCAAUGGAAAGUUUGUCUCCACUUGUACAAAAGUUAGUGAGAAGAACGAUAAUGAGGAGCAAGUUCAUGCUCUUUUAUGCAAGGCUUGUCAACAUCGACAAGGAAGAAUGUCGAUGGAAACCUUUCAAUCUUUUUUAACAUCUCUUAUGGUAUUUGAUAAAGCUUUGCAAUCUCAAGAUAAUGAAUAGACUUGCAAGUAAUAAAUAUUAUCUACCUUAA